AUGCGCGGGUCAUUUACAAAUCGUCAACAGCGCUAUUGUUUUUGCUAACGCUAACGUUGGUUUACAGUUGAAGGAAUUAGCUUGUUCACCACUUUUUUACAUCGAUAUAUGCUUAUUCUGAAAUAUUUGUUCCAAAGCGGGUUCACAUACAUGCAUUCGGUUGGAAACCGGGAAAGCAGUCAUCGAAAACGAAAUGAGUGCUAACGUUAGCUAACUGUUACCUCAGCUGUCGUUGACGGAAAUAGCCGUCUUCUUGUUGAAAGGCAACCAGUUAAUACAAAUGGAGACGAAAUACCCGACAUUGAGGAGACCCAAGAGGAAGCUCUGCUACCUAACAAACAAGGAAAAUCAAUACAAGGACUGGCCAGCACCACUGUCAUUGGCGGAUGUGGACAAGAUGUUUGAUGACAUGGAUUCAUCCUCACAUGAUGAUCUUCUUCCGCCAUCCCCUCUGCUCCAGACUUUUGAUACUGAGACGAAUGAGAAUGACACAGAGGCUUCUCCAGUCCAGCAGAAGGAACGCUCAGAGGAACAAGUUGUAGAACACCAAAUGGGCCCUGAAGAAGUCGUGCAUCCUGCAACAAGAUCACCCAGUCCUCAACUGGACAGUGAUUGUGACAUCCCAUUUAAAGCCCAUGGGCCAGUAAAGACAUCGAGCCCUAUUGAGCAGAACGUCUGUGUCAAAGGUGUAGAAGAAAAGCAGGAUGAUGAAAAAGAAGAAGUUGUGUCUGCAAUUCUCUUUCCCUGUGAUGAUGAGGGAAAAAAAGAGGAUCCUGAGCCAGAUCCUCUACCCACCCAGAAACCCGAGGGCAAUGCCACAGAGGAGAGUGAUUACAAUGACUUGGAGUCUCCUCCAAGCAAGGUUGCUUUCACCAAGACAUCUAGUCAAAAGAAGGCAGAAACAUUAUGCAAAGAACGCUCCGUAGCCAAAGAAAAAACACCUACGAAACCUCAAACACCUGUUUUGAAAGGCAAAAGAAAAUUGCAGAGCAGGCAAGAAAACACGGAGCCACCUGUUGUGGCAGUGGGACCGGAGUCUGAAGUCGCAGCUCUUGAAAAAACAGCAGAAACUGUUCACAAGCAGUCAGUCAUGGAUGUUUCCACACGCGUGGGCAAAGACAUGACUGCUUUUCUGCAGAAGGUCAAAGAUGCUGGACAAUCAAAACCUACAUGUUCCAGGAAGUCCCCAGUUAAAGCACCCACUCCUCCUCCUGAGCCAGAGGAUGAUUUCUUGAUUAUGGAUGACGAGACACCUCUUUGGGUUACUAUCCCACGUAAAAAUGCCACCAGUAAGACACACGGGCUCAGCAGGACCUCCAGCACAGAGAAAGACAGCUCAACAGACAAGGGGAAGAAGGACAGCCCACCAGAGACAUUGCAACAACCACAGGAACUGGAAAAGGCAAAUGACAAACUGGGAAGUCAGACUGUUAAUCAUAGAAAGAAGAAGAAGAAGAUAGGGAAAGAGAAGAACAAUGAAGAGCCUGAGCCUGGAAAUGAUAACGGUGAAUUGGCCAGUCCUCAGGAUCUUCCCGCUGACUUGAUGGAACAAGAGGAACCAAACAAAAAGAAACAACAGCUCAAGAAGGUUCCUUUGAAAGAGAAUGACAAGGCAGUGGAUCGACCUGAAGACAGAGGCAGCGGGGAAAUCGAAAAAGAAAAACCUUCUCAGAAAGGGAAAGCUAAACAAAAGGCUUCCAAAAUGAAGAAAACAAAGUCUUCAAACGAGGGUAAACAAAAUACCAAGACAGGCAGGGCUAAGUCAUUAAAGGGGACCAGAGAAGAGCUGCAGGGAUCUGAUGACUCAAAGGAGAUGGCACAGGUUGAUGUUGUUGAGGAACAAAGUCAGGAACAGAACAGGACAGAGCCUGCAGAGACAGAAGACCUGGGUUCUCCUUUAGACAAAAAAAUCGCCAAAUCUGAAGCAGAUGGAAAGACUAAACAACACAAACAGCCCGUUGUGUCUGCAGAGAGUUCAUCUGAAGACAGCCAGGUUCUCGGGAAAAGGAAAAGAAGGCAGACUGGCCAGUGGUGGCUGAAUAACCCUCAGACAACAGAAGAAGCAGAGAACCAGCAACCUGUGCUCAAGAAGACAAAGCAGAGUAAUAAAGAGCCCAGCAGAGUAGUCGCUUCACCAGCUAAGGGCAAGAGAGUUUAUAAAAAAAGAAGUCUGAAACAGCCUGCGCUGUUGUCCAGUCCGAAUACAACGAAAGCUAAAGAGAAGAAAGUCAAACAGAGCAAAAAGAGAAAUGCAAAAGGGCACAAUGUAGACAAGAAAACAACAGAGGAAGUAUUUGAGGCAGAGCAGACUGAAGAACAAGAGCAGCGGGAGCUUCCUGAUCAAGACCUGGAUCAGGAGCCGUCCAGCCCUUUGGUCUUCUCUCACAGAGACCACAGCCUUAACUCAGGAGGUCAGUUAUUUCAGAGAGUAUAUCAUCACACCCCUGAUAAAAAAUUGUCCAGCACACCAGCAGCCCCUGCUUUUUCAAAACAGCCAAAGGAACUCAGGGAAGCAGAGCCAUCAAAACGGAGGAGGAAACCACCUGGUAGCUGGUGGAUGGUGGACGACAUGGCCGAAGACUUGGAGAGCGUGUCCUCACAGCCUCAGCAGCUUCACCCCGAGCAGCCCAAACCUCGCAAGGACAGAAAAAAACAGUCUAAACAGAGCAAAUCUCCUGGACUUGGUAUUCCCAAAAACGGCAACAUGGCAGCCUCACCAAAACCACCGGGUGGAGCUCCUGUGCCUCCUCUGAAUGCGAUGCCGCUUUCAACUCCAAAGACUGUCAAACGCUCUCUGGCAACAUUUAAGGACAUUUUCACUUCAGUAGCAGAGACUCCGACUGUGGUCAGCAACAGAAGUGCACGUCAGAAAAACAAACGUAAUGUCAGAUCACAUCGUGCUGGGGGAACCUCGGCCACUGAGGGUUCGAUGAGCAGAAACACUGAUGCAGAUGUGCUUAAUAUUGAUGCUGGUGGAGGCAGAAGAACACAAAGCAGCCACAAUAAUGAUGAGCCAGACAACAUGUUUAAACCCCUCAGAAGUGGGCCGUCCUCCAUGAUUGAGUUGGAAGAGUAUGAAGAAAAUGACGACAUGACUUUGCCAUCAUCCAGAGUCCAGGCUAUGCUCUCGGCAUCAGAUCUCUGUGCUCCUCCUCUCAAACCUCUGAUGCUGCAGCAGAAGGAUAAAGCCAACCUGACCGAGUGGUUUAAGAGUCUCUGGUCCACCAUUGCUGAGAACAGUGCUGAGAUCACUCCAGACCAGUUUGACUGGUACUUCUAUCAGGACAGAGUUAUUGGCUUCCAGGUGGACCUGCACAGUCGCUCCAUCUGCAAUGGAAAGAUCCUGCUGGGUUCCCACGCCAAGAAGCCUCUGUGGGUCGAUCACAGCGCCACAACUGUCUUUAACUUAUUAACAAGCUCUGUGAACGUGACCAUCGACGGCAGUGAGUCCCACCUCAGCCCAGGACAGUCCUGUAUGGUGGAGUGUGGGCAUGCCUACAGCAUCCACAACGCCACUGCACAGCCUGCCAUGCUGUACUUCACCAGGAUAUUAGCCGAGAGUUCAGUCUGAAAAUGUGAUUAUUUAAACCUACUUUCACAAAUGAAAUAUAGGGUGUAAAUAGAAAAUUGGCUGUAAUUUUACAACAAAAUGUUUUUGCUCCUAAGCUAUGCUGCACAUUUCUAAGAUCCUUGUAAAUAAAAUGGUGUCCUUUGUUA